AUGAUGCCGAGAGUAGAACCAGCAGUGUUGACAGCGACGAUGAUGGAGAGGUAUAUAGAGACAGCAUUUGCCCAGAAAGUAUCAGAGCUUCCCACCAGAUACCUCCCGCCGGGGACGGUGAAGAUGCUUUUCCAUGAGUUCUCCCUGACAUCCCCAUCCAUCUCGUACGUCACAUUCUGGCGCCGCUUCCAGAGUACUUGGCGCAACAUCCUACGCUUCACCCCAGAAUCUGAUCACAGUACCUGUGACACAUGCUUGGACUGCAAAGAGCGCUUCAAGACCGCCAGUGACUUGCAGAGCAAAUUUGACACAGCAAAAUUGUACAAGACACACCUUGCCGGGGUGAGUGCGGACAGAGAGUUGGAGGAAUGGUUCCAGGUCCAUGGGCUAUGGAUCCAUGGAGUCAGCCUCAACCUCUACGUGGUGCACCCUGGAGUGGCAGCUGACUCCACUUUAAUCUGCGAAUGCUUCGCACGUGCCCUGCAAGACACCUUCGAGACCUUUGAGUCGGCCCAAAUGAGGAUUCCUAAGGAAUGCCUCAUUUGGGCCGACAACACUGUGCGCGAGAAUAAAAAUAACGUUGCCUUCAAAAUGAUGACUACGCUUUUGGGAAAAGGACUUAUGUCCUGUGCGGGCAUAUUCUUUGCCCGCACAGGACAUACGCACGGUUGCUUAGAUCAACUAUUUGGUCUACUUGCUGCAUGUGUCCGAUAUGUGGAUCUGAUAUGUGAUGUACCAGACCUGAUAGCGAAAAUCCGUAUGAUUUUGGACCGCAUCCAGAUCAGAAAGUGGAUUGGGGAAAAGGCACGAAUCAAUGUCCAGUACAUAACGUCCUGUCGGCCCUGGAAAACAUGGUUGCAGCAGAAGCUCCCAGUCACCUUCCAAGGCGGAAUGAAGCGGGACUCAGAUGGGCACCAUGCCUUUAUCUUCUUGAGAAGAGCAGAUGUCCCCCGGAACAUCAUCAUCAAACACGACGAGAAGCAUGGACCACUGGUCCCCCACGAGAUGGACAUCAUUUGCUUCGUGAAGAGAAAUGCGUCGGACCACUUUCUAGAUCAGGAAGCUGUCCUCGCAAUGCCCUACCAAUUCCUCCAGCCCAUUUUGUGCGAAGCCCCAGAGGGAUCCAGGCCUUUGAAAAGGCUCGAUCCAACGAAAAGAAAAAGGUAUUUGGAUCUUUGUCAGGUUAUCGUGAAGCGAUUCGCCUCAGAGAGUGGUGGGCGAGCAAUUGGAUUUCUGUUGGACCUUUGCAAAAACACAGAUCCUGGACCAACAUCACCCAUACCAUUUUACACACGACCUGGCCAACAAGACCAGAUCGUGAUUGGACAAUCAGUCUUAGCCAGGGUAGCUCCAACCAUACGGUUUGAAGCCAGGAUCAAUCGUCGUCGCUAAAGGGCGAAAA